AUGCGUUUUACGUCGGUGGAACCAUCAUGGGCGAUAUUUGGAAAGUGUCGGGAGGUCGCGUACGUCGGAAGGGACGCCAUCGUUGCAGUCUCGGGCAUUUACGCGCGAUUCUUCGACCUGAGGAGCGGAAAGACGCGGAUCGAACGGUUCGACGACCGCGAGAGGGCAGAUGGCGCGUCAUGCGUUGCUGGACAUUCGGUGGCGUCCAUAUUCUCCAUCGUGGAGAGAAAACCGAAUCCGAGAGUGUUGAUUUUCGGUUAUCCGUCCAUUCGACGGAUAACAUGCUGUUCGAACAGUCAAGAAGCGAAUGGAUACGCGUGCUGCGCGUUCACCGGUACCGAGUACCUGUUAGGCCAAACAAUCUAUCCAGAUUUUCGAGUAAUCGUCUGGCACUGGAGAACCGGUGACCAAAUGGCCGCCAUAGACGCGACUAUAACCGAUCUGCGAAGCACGAUUCUCGCAUGCUGCAAGGAUUCGCCUCAGCUGGUGGCACGAUUCGAGCAAGGGACCAGCGCCCUCUCGGUUUACCGUAUUUUAGUCUGCUCGAAGAUCGUUCGACUGUUUCCUGUGGACCUUGAAAUAGAUUCUAGCAACAAACCAGUCGCCAUCUCCUGGUCCACGGGGGGAACAUUACUUUUCUGCGACGAAUCGGGCAACGUUUGGUCUGUGGAUCUCGACGAGAGUGAAAAUCAUCGCGCUCGAACGAUCGUUCAAGCCUCCUUUCGAUCUCAAAGAAAUCCAUCGUUGGUGACCCACAAGGGCGGUGCGUUGGUCGUUGAGAUCCCUCCAGAAACGAAUCGCGACGUUCGAGCAACGUUUUAUAGAAAAGAGACCAAGGAUCGUACGGAGAAUUGGCGCGCGAUAUGGACAAUUUCGUUGCCGUCGUUUCCCAGUUGGGCCCAGAGCCACCCCCGCGACGACAAGAUUCUGAUACUCGGCGAGAACGGCGAACUGUUCGAAGUGGUCGGCUCGUUGCGCAAGCGUGGACCUCGACUCGAAUUUCUGUCGUCGGGGAGCGCGGAUUUCGAGGCCGUCGCUUCGUUUUCCGAUCAGUUCCUCGCUGCUUUGGACCUCUCGCAUCGACUCGUGGUGCUGGACGCCUCCACCGGAAACGUCGUCUCCGCGACGAAGCGGUCGCUGAAGCAUCACGGCGAAGUCGUUCGUUUGAUCUCGCACCCUACUGCACCGAUCCUGGCGGCGUGCAGCGCCACCGGAAACUGCGUUCUCGUCGAGGUUUCCGCGCCCUCUACCCCGAAAAUCGUCUGUUGCGUUCACCUGCAGAGGGAGCCCUUGGAUAGAAUGAACUUCUCGGAGGAAGGACGCAUCUUGGGAGUUGGCUCCUCCCAAAAUGGCCGACUGUUUAUCUUGGUCCCGACGUUGGACCGUCGAACGACCAUAAAAGUCGCCUGCACCAUCGAUGUUCAACGAAAGGUUCUGGACUUGCUGAUUUACGAAACGAAGGACAAUCGGGGGUCGAAGGUCUUGGUCCUAGUCGGAGGACUCGACUCGAAGGAUCCUCGUGCAGGAGACGAGAUCCUGGUGUACUCGCUAGACGGCGACUUUUUCGAGGCGGCGAGUAACGCGAUAAAACUGUCGUGUUCGUUCGAGAAACUCUUCCACGGAAUGGAAGGAAGCACGGAGGUAUUCGGGGCGCCAUACUUGUCGCGACAGCUGCACAGAAUUCGAUUCAAGGCAAACUUUGGCGAGGCGGUCGUCCUGGACGCUGUUCCCUCCUUGCACCGAACGAGGAACGUGCAAGUUGGCUUCGAUCGCGUAGGAACGCGCGACUGCUCGCUUCUCCUCACCUGCGGCUACGACGGACUGAUUGUCCUGCGGGACACCGGGGAGCCACAGAAGGUCUUGGCGGUGUUUCCUGGACACCACAGAUCCCAAGGCGGGGUUCAAUGGGCCGCGAUUGUCGGGGACGCCGUCGUCUCGUUUGGCAGGAACGGGGACCUGGUCGCCAAUAAGCUGCGUCCACCGUUCGAGUAUCUUCCCGGUCGAUCCUGGUCGCCGGACAGCUUCGCCCGUUGGAUCCCUGACGAAUCUGCUCGAAGAACAACGGACGAGGACGAGGACGAGGAAGACAAGAUGGCGGAGGAUUGGUUGGCGGGAACGUGGGUGGACGCCAUGGCGCGCAAGCGUACGAUGGACGAAGAGAAACGAGACUUGUCGUCGCGUCUCUCGAUCGUCAACGACUUCAACGAUUUGAAGCGCCGGGUGAAGGCUCUGCUCGACGCGAACGAGGCCGAAUCGCCGGACGCGCGGCUGCCAAUCAGCGCGUUCGACUUGGACGCGGAGGCUCGAGAGCGCAAGAUGGCGGCUGCCAGAAUGAGGGAGGAACAGCUGAUCGAAAACACCGAGGAACUCAUCGCUGGCAACGAACGAGCGAUCUCUUACUUGCGCGAGCGUUUUCUCGAACCGUUGGUCGUUCGACCGAAAAGCAUUUCGUCCAUUUUCGGGGAGUCGAAGGUCACCAACUAUCCCCUCGUCAAAGUCGAUCAAGGAGAGAUCGAUCGUAGAGCCUGGUGUCGAUUCUCGAUGGAAACCAGAGAGCUGGUGUCGAGAUUCGAGGAAGAGAAUUCGGACGCGAUUCAAGAAUUGGAAGAACGGAAUCUUUUCGAUCCGUAUCGCGGUUACGUGGACGUUCUCGAGACGUGUGCCACGGCGGAAGAACGAGAACUCGAUCUGAAGUCGGGAUUCAACGAACGGUUCGACGAGACGCGAUCCGCGAAGAAAAACGAGACCAAGAUGGCGAUCGAACGCGCGAGGAACACGCGUCGAUGCGUCGACGAGCUGAAAGAGACGUUUGGCGUUGAUGCGAGCACGGACCUGCUGAACGUUUCACGAUGGCGCGAAAUAGGAAUGGCCGACGACCGCGACGACUUCGACACGGAUUCCAGCGACUCGUCUCUCGCGAGCCUCGUCGUCUCUCCGACGGUGGAAAAAGAUUCCCCGGGGGACGUAAACUUUCGUCUAGAGACGCUGGAACAAAUGAUGGACGGUGUUCUCGAAAUUAAAUUGGAGGACAACGCGAAAAGGACCAUUCCGAAGCCAGAGUGCUUGGAACUCAAGGAUCCGUCUAAUUACACGGAGGAAGAUGUCGCGGCGAUCGAGUCGUACGAGAAAAAAAUUCGAACCCGGGAGGCCCAUAGGCUCGAGUACAAAUCGACGCUCGAAACCGAGAUCGAUCGUGUCAAGGAGAAACUUUCGAAGGGCGCCAAAGCGUUCGACGACCAACUGACAGAGCUCUCGGCGGAGAAGGUCCGAGUCGAGAGGUCCGUACUCCUGGAGAAGCUGUCGAAGUUCCAGAAGAUCAUCGGGCAUCGAACGGUCGCUCGACGGAGACGCGAGAUCCUGCGCACGAUCGACACCGAAGUGGUACCCGCGACGAAGCAAGCGCGCAGCCUCGCCGAGGAGUGCGAGCUGUUCGAGGCGGGCGUCGUCGAGCUGAGAAAUCGGUACGAGGGCCUCCGCAAACGGGACAAGCUUCUCGAAGCGAAGUUUCGCGCGGAAUUCGAAGCAGAGUUGAAGCAACCGAUGGUGGAGCAUCUGUUCCGCCAUUAUCGUCGAAGACCACGAACCGCGGGGGCGGUUUGCGGCACGUCGCUGGCGUUCCUCGCCGAGCUCGCCGAACUCGCCAUCGGCGACCGCAAAGAGGAAUCCGCGAUUCUACCCAGGGAAUGGCAGGACUAUCUUCGAAAUCUGGACGAUCUCGACGCGAUGCCGGACAAUCUGCCCCCUCGAAUCGAUCUCGGCCACUGGAACAACGCUUGUCGGCUCAGGAGACUCAAGGUCGAAGCGGAGAUCAAGGUUAGAAGCUGCGCGAUCGAGCUGGCGGAAGCGGAACAGAGUCUGGCGUUCUAUCGAAAAGCGUGUCUGGCGGCACGAGCCACGGUCAACCGACGCAAAGAGACGGUGCAACGACUGGAAAAGUCGCUGAUCGAUCUGACGGACGACCAGGAAGUCGUCUUGAUCCUGAAGACCGGACAGCUGCAGAAGCAACCUCGCGGCGAGUCGACUUCCGAGUGGGAGGAGACCGUGUUAAUUACGCGGGAAGAGCUCGACCGCGUCAGGGAGGCGAUCGCGGAGGCCGGGGAACGGAAAUUGGCAGCCCUGCAGCGGGUGAUGAGGUUAGGACGAACCAUAGCUUUCGAGGAGUGGCGACACGCGCUCGUGCGGAAGACGAUGGAGAAUUUGCAGGAAAAUCUGAAGGAUCUUUCGACCGUCAAGGUGAGCAGAAUGAUGCGAGAGUGUGUGGAUCGUUAUCCGGACGGGACCAUCCCAAAAGAGGAAUUGGAAACCCUGGAGAGGGACUUCCUCGAGCGACAAAAGAGACUAGUGGCGGCGGUGGAGGAGGAGAGGGUUAAGCUGCAAGAAAUAGCGAGCGCUACGCGAAAGUGGCAAGAUAGAAACGCAAAACUGAUGGAGGAGAUCGAGCGGUCCAAGACCGAGAGGGACGAGCUUCGCGUGGCGGCGCGCGAUCCGCUUCGCUCGAAGGCCGCUGCGUUCAAGCGGAAAAAGAUGCGCUCGAUAACGCGGAAAGCUCGUCUGGCGCGGACCAUCCGCGAGAACUUCGAGGAGCUGCUGAUUCUGCACAGCCAGCUAGAGGUUUCGAAACUGAGGACUUUCCCAACAUUGAAGCUACAAGUUUGAAACGAUUAUUUUUGUUUGAAACGGAAAUUAAAUAAAUUUUCUUUUUAAUACUUCGAACGAUUUCCUAGGUUUAAUUACUGUUAUCGCGACU